GAUCAGAGGAGAGGAGGAGUGUGAGAGGAUAUCAGAGGAGAACGGAUGGGCUCGACGUCCUGACAGAUCAUGGAGCAGAUCCUCUUUGUGGUUUUCCUGUUGCAGGUUCCGGCUUCGUUUCCCGAUAAUUUUUUGGUUCAUGACCCACGUCAGGCAGUGCUGACAUCUCCCGGGGAAGACAUCACUCUGCGAUGUUGGUUAGAACCAGGAGUGGCUGCGGAUGGUAUGUAUGUGCAAUGGAUUAAAUAUGAGACUGGGCAAUUGGUUCUUUUAUACACAUACGGAGUGGAUCGACCUGAUCUACAAGAUGAAGCCUACGGAGGAAGAACUGAGCUCAGUAGAGGAGCGCUGACUCGGGGAAUCAUCUCACUCAGACUGAGGAACGUGAGGUGCUCAGACCAAGGACGUUACACGUGUUCUGUGAGAGCAGAAACAAGUGAAGACGAAACAACAGUGGGUUUGAAAGUUGAAGCCCUCAAACAGCAGCCCCGGUUUCCUUGGCACGUUACCCCGACUCCAGGAAUAAACUGACCUGUAAAUCAAAAGGCUGGUAUCCCAAACCCCGUGUGGUUUGGAUUGACGGGAGCGGAGGAGAGGUGAAGGCAAACUCCGACACGUGCUCCCAGGCCUCGGACGGCUGUUGGGAGUGUGAAAGUAGCAUCGAUAUAACCAGCGAUUUCACAGACAGACUGACGUGUCUGACACAGAAUGCUGCGAAGAGAAAGGAGGCCAAGAUCCGGGUGUCAGCGGAGAUGUUCCACAGAGACCCAAACUGGCUCGUGGCUUUCUGGGUGACCUUCGCUCCUGUGCUCGGAGCUGCUGCUGUGUUGAUGUUCUUCUGCAGGAAACGAUGGAAACAGGUUCAAGUUUAUGAAAAUCUAAAACAGCAAUUUAAAAUUCUGGACCGAAAAUACCUGAGAAAGGCUCUCGAACUGAAGGAACGAUUCACUGAAUCAGAGUGGGCGGCUGUGGGCAGUUGUGCAGGCUGUUCGGAGCUUCUCUUCGGUUAUGCGAACGACAGGAUCCGCAGUUGUGAAGCUCCGGUCUCUCUGACUCUGGAUCCCGACACCGCCCAUCCCCGACCUCAUCCUAUCUGAGGACCUGACCAGCGUGAGGCACGGAGACACACGGCAGCAGCUCCCGGACGGUCCCAAGAGGUUUGAUACCUGUCCC